AUGCCUCCCAAACGACAGCUCGCGGAACCAACUGCGUCCAGCAACCCACCAAAGGAACCCCAACACAAAAAACCCAAAGGCGCAUUACCUGACACUCUCGCUUCGCGUAUUGAUUGGGCCAAGGAUUACGCCUUGAGCCGCUGGAGCAAGGUGCCUUUAAAUACGAAUGCCUAUGUUCAGACGCAAUGGAAAAAGCUCCUGAGCAAUGGCCGUGAAUGGGACGACUUCGAGGAAGCUGAGAAUGAAGGAGAUGUUGAGAAGCAGCCGAAACCUGCCCGCUGUGUCGGCGGCAAGACCUGCUUGUGUAGAAAACCGGCUUCAGAGCAUCCCGAUCAUCCCUGGCGCCUGACUGCUGCGGGAUUUGCAAAGAUCCGUGACAUGACUACUCAGGUGACAAUGCGUGAUCCAGAGAAGUUUGGCCUGACUGGGUACAUGGACCAAUCUUGCAUUGGUCUGCUGCAGGUGAUGACCAAUCUAAUCAUCGAUUUUCUCGCGGCGGAAGGCAAUUGGAAAGAACAGUGGCCUCUUUGCGAGGCGAUGGCUAUCUUUCAUCUGAGAGGUGAUGCUGCGUCCUUGGCCCUUUGCGAGGACGCGGAGAACAUUGAAGCUGUUUAUCGUAUGAUCUUAUACAUGUUCUUGUCUAUGCUGUUCAACCUUCAGCAAGCGCGUGUCCUAGGUCCAGACUCGGAAGUCCAAAAUCUUGAGCGGAUAGAGGAUGAAGGCGAGGAGCUCACUCCCUAUGUUCUCUCUUAUGCUACGAAGUACAAGGUCGAUUUGGUACCGAAAGAUGACCUUGAAGAUUAUUGA